AUGUCAACACAAAUACCCCUCCACCCUCGCCCACUUCCCUCAUUAACACCGGCAACCAAUCCCCUCCCAACCUUAAUCCAAACACCCUCAGGCCUCGCCCUCCUCGAGCUCCAAGGAACCCUCAACAUCCGCGACUUCGACCCAUCCACAGCCUCCCCAGGAACCAUCAGUCCAAUCCCAGUAGGAAGGAUCGAUUUCCCCGACUACCAGCCCAACAGGCUUACCUUCGACCCGAAUGACAAGAAGUGGAUGAAGAGGGUUUAUAUGUAUAUCGGGGAACAUCAGCGGUUACAUGGGGAGGUGAAGGCACUACCCAAAGCGGUGGGGGUGGUGAGGAAGCGGCGGCACCUUGACGAUGAAGAGAAGGAGGAGUUGGAGGUUGUGGAGAUUAUAAGGUACAAGCUUGUUUUUGCGUCGAGGCCGGAGCCGGUUACUAGGGGGGAACAGUUUGCUGGGAGGGAGUGA